CCUCUCCAUCUCUCUCAAUGCAUCUAUCCUGUAAAAAAUUCCAAAACUCCUCUCCUUUCACUUUCUCACCUCAUCAUCCUGGUAGCAAAUCGCUUUCGAUCCCCAGCUUUCUUUCUUUUCUCAUCCAUCUCCCAUAACUCGCCACUCAUUAUUGCUAUUUAACAUUUUCUUGUUAUCUCUCAUGCAUUGUUACAUUUUAAUGAAAUCUGGAGUGAGUAAAUAGUAAUGGCCGCUGCAGUCAGUUCAAGAGGUGGGAGAAACACCGUAGAAUUCCAGAUUCCAAGGAAAUGGAAUGAAGACAGAGAAACCACUCCAGAGAGAGCCAGAGCAUUCUGGAGUGAAUCUCGUAAGCUGUCCAGAAAGGCCCCUGUAGUCUACUAUCUGUCCAGAAAUGGUCAGCUUGAGCAUCCCCCUUUCAUGGAGGUCCCUCUCUCUUCCAAUGACGGCCUCUACCUUUCGGAUGUAAUCAACCAGUUAGACCUCCUUCGAGGCAAAGGCAUGGCUAGUCUCUACUCCUGGUCCUCUAAACGGAGCUUCAAAAACGGCUUCGUUUGGCAGGACUUGACCGAGAACGAUUUCAUUCACCCGGCUCACGGUCACGAGUACAUUCUCAAAGGAUCAGAGAUUCUCGAUCAUUCUAACCAACAGCUCUUCCUCGAGCCGAAACCUCAAGAAACCAGUCAAGCCUCGGAGUUUCCAGUUAUCACGAGGCGUAGGAACCAAUCCUUGAGCUCUAUCAAUCUUAAUGAGUACAAGGUUUACAAGGCCGAGUCGUUCUCCGAGUCUGCUCGGAAACUCUCUGCUGACGCGUCGACUCAGACUGAUGAUAGCAGGAGAAGAAGGAGACACGUCAAACCGGAAAUCAAGAAGAUGAAGGAGGAGAAAAAAAUUAGUCAGGAACGGGAGGCGAACAGAGACGAGAUUAUGGAGAUUUCACCCCCACCGUCCGACUCUAGCCCAGAGACUCUGGAGUCUUUGAUGAAGGCUGAUGGACGGCUGAUAUUGGGCGGUCAUAACGAAGGGAGUGGCAUGGAUUUGAAUCAAACGGCAAAGAACUGUGGGAAGAUGAAAGCGUCUACUGUUCUGAUGCAGUUGAUAUCGUGCAGUUCUUCGAUCUCGUUUAGAGACUGUGGGGCGAUGCCAGGGAAGGAGCCCGGCUUGCCGUUGAUUUCUGGGCAUUACAAGGGUAGGGUGCCAUGUGGAGGAGGGAGCCGUGAGGCAACAUCGGGGGAAAUUUAUAAUUUUUCCAGGGUAAAAUUGGAAGAGAAGGAGUAUUUUAGCGGGAGCGUGAUUGAGACAAAGAAGGAGGUGCCUGCUUUGAAUUUGAAGAGGUCCAGUUCCUGCAGUGCAGCUAGGAGCUCGCAGCUGCAAUUGGCAGAAAAGGAGAUUGAAGGAGUGCGCACCAGAUGCAUGCCAAGGAAGUCGAGAGCAAUGGUAACCAGAAGAGAAAGUAGCGUUAACGUCGUUGUUGACAAUGAUAAUAAAAAUAAUAAUGUUGACAGUAGUCAAGUAGGGAGCAAGAGACUGGAGGUCCAACAAGUCUAAGAUGAGGGUAGAUGAGAUUAUGAACCCUAAUGUGGUGGUAGCUUUCUGUGAAUCUAGUCUUCAGUUUGGAACGGAAAAGUGAAAACUAAGAACAUAGGCAAAAGAAGACGGGAAAUGAAAGAUUGGUAUUCAAGAAAAUGAAGCAUAAAUGCAAGUGCCGGCACGGCGAGCACGCACACUGAGGGUAAAAGUAAGGGUUGGGACUUGGGAGUUCCUAUAAAGUCAGCUGGUUUCAUGGAAGGCUUGUGAAUUAACUGUUCGUUUCUUUGAGUUUGGAGCUGUGAGCUGUGAGAUCAAUAUUCGGUACCUACCGAGGUGUUUGUGGAAGUUGAACACAUAAUCUUUUAUCUCGUGAUGUACUAAAUUAAAAAUUUCUUAACCCUCUGUGACUAUGUGACCUUGACUUUGGAACAUGGAAUACGAAAUUUUGUCCUAGGUAUUAUCGUUUACCUUGGCUUGGUCUU